CCAUUUGCAGUCACACUGAAAAACCAAACGAACUACACUCUGUGAGUGUGCUGUGAGGCGACAAAGGAGAAAUAAACAAACACAAUGGCCACUUUAAAGGCCUCAUCAUCUGCGCAUUCCUCACUUGCAUGGGCCUGACCUUCCUGAUCCUGGCUUGCGCGGUGCCCACGCCCAAGAUCUUCUAUCCCUUCUUCGUGCUGCUCUUCUACGCACUGUCCGUGCUGCCGGUGUUCAUAGCCAAGCGAACCGUUCCAAAUGGGGAGACCAACCCCAAGACGGAGUUCGCACUCUUCCUCACCGCCGGCAUGGUGCUGAGCGCCUUCGCCCUGCCCAUCGUCCUCGCCCACGCCUCAGUGAUCACCUGGACAGCGUGCACUCUGACGAUAAUCAGCAACCUCAUUAAUUACGGCACCAUAUUCGGCUACGCCAUGCGCGACGAAGAGCCCUACGGCAGCAUGUUCUAGGGAGGAUCGCUUUAAGUCCAGCCAUCGCGCAGUGGAAAGUCUCCGGCAGUCAUUCAACCAAUCUCAUAUAAUCAGUGUAUCCAGAUAACAUAACGCAAACGAAAUAAACACAGUAGUAAAUAUUAA